AUGGACUCUGGGAAGCUUGGUCCCGGAUCAGAAAAUUACCGUGCGUUCAAGUUUGACUGGCAUGCUUUGCCAUAUGAGGAACCGGCCUUGGUCGCAUUCAAGGAGUCGAAUGGUACAGCUUUAUAUGUUAGUUGGAACGGAGACACAGAAAGUAAGAUGUGGAAGUUCUUCGGGGAAGAUGAAAGGGGACAGAAAAUGCUACUGGGUCAAGCGAAGAGGACCGGGUUCGAGACCGGCUUUCGCACUUCUCACACACCUAUCCGCGUGGUAGCCGAGGCUUUUGAUGUCCGAGGUCACCGAUUGGUGUCCUCUUCGGUCGUUAAAACAAGGGAUUACAAGCUACGACUUGAAUAUUCUUGA